AUGCCCGUCAGGGGGUCAGGAGUCUGCCUGAGAGUGGUGGGACCGGGGUUCCAGUCGCGUAAAACUGAGACUAGAGGUCAGGGUUCUACUCCUCCAAACACCAACGCUCUUGGAGUGCCCCGCAGGCCUGCAGCCUUCUCUUCCAUCAACUCCCUGGUGCUCGCCACUCUCCCCAGCCCACUGCUGGUGUCUGGGGAUGGUAGCCUGGGUCCCAGGGCGUCUAGCAUUGGCAAGGUCAUCAUCAAAGUCAAGACCGAAGGGGCCGAGUUCUCCGAGACCCAGAGCUUUGUCCUUUCUCAGACCUACCUCAGCUGGAUCCCCUCAGGGGCUUCCUGUGGGCACCCCGAAAAUCCCUCCCCUCAAGUCUUGUCAGAGUUCAACAUGAGGGCCCUGUUACCCGCUGAGGCCUUGGGUCAGGAGGGCUCUCCGGCCUUUCCCCCUCAGGCCCUGCCACUCACCACCCAACUGGUGCCCAUCGUGCCCCCACAAAAGUCUUGGCUCGGGGCUCACGGGUUGUCUGCCGAAGAAGGUUCUGAGGUGGCUACCUCCAAGACGUCCCUCAGUGAUCUCUCCUACGCCUCCAAGGGUGUCUACAAGAACUUUCGCCACUGGCAGUGCUACAAGACCUUGGCUCGGAGGCACUUGUCUCAGAGUCCUGAUGCAGAAGCCUUUUCCUGCUUUCUUAUCCCGGUGCUCCGGUCCCUGACCUGGCUGAAGCCCACCAUGACCCUGGAGGAGGGGUUGCUUCGGGCAGUGCAAGAAUGGGACCACACCAGCAUCUAUGACUGCGUGAUCUUCUAUGAGAUGGCUGAAAAUUUCAUGGAAUUGGAAGCAGAAGAAGAGAUACAUGUUCAGAACAAGAAGCUGAUAAGUGGCUCCCAGGCCUUGCCUCCCAGUGCUCCUGACACACUCAGUCCUCCAGGGGCCGCCACCUCUGAGGUUUGCCAGCAGCCACUGUACAUUCCUAAGAAGUCUGCAUCCAAGUCUCGGGCCCCCCGCCGACAUCAGCGUAAUAGCCAGAGGCCUCCAGUGACAGAUGUGCCCAAGUAGAUCCCCUCAGAAGCUGUGAAAGAGUAUGUGGACAUCAUGGAAGGCCUGAUGAGGCAUCAGACUGUGGCAGGGGAAGCAGAUGGAAAACAGGAGAAGGAAGAGCAGCACCAGGAUGAAUUCAUGUUCCUGGAUCCUGACCUACUGAACUACGUCAAUGAACUGUGUUCCCAGGAGGAGUUUGUAUCCAAGGUGGAGGUCAUCAUCCACCUUCAGUUUCUGGCCGAUAAACUGUCCUCAGAACAAAAUGAUCUCUUGGCUUUGAUGGAGGAGCUGAAACAAGAGGAAGCACUCAGUCUUGCCCAGCUAGUGGAGAAGCGGCUCCGGGCCUUGGAAGAGGCAGCAGAGGCACCUCCGAGUUGCAGCAGGCUUCAGUGGGAAUCCAGCCCAUCCAUUUUCAACGAGGAUGAAGAGAGGGGAGGGCGGCUUCAACGUCUGUCUGGGGCCCCGGGGGCUGAGGGGACCCCUCGCCAUGGGAAGGCUGCUUCUCUAGACAGACUCACCAGAGAAGGCUGCCAUGUUGGGCAGGAAGGGCCUCACCAGGAGGGGGGCACUCUGCAGCCGACCCCCAGUGGUCGGGACCUUCAGCUAGGACUUACAGGUCAACAAAGAACAGAGCAAAGGGAGUCCCCAGGGCAAGAUGACCACCUGGUGGGUGCCGGCCUCCCUGAGCACUCCCUGGCCUCUGACAGGCCCUCGGAGAUGCUGCCCCUGUGCUGGCAGGAAGACACCCCACUCAGCGUGGAGCCCUGCCUGAGCCCUUUGCAGGGAGAGGGGGUGGGCUCCCAGGUGCUGCAGCAGCAGGUGGGGGUCUCUGGGGUGCUCCCACCAGAGGAGCUGUUGGGGGAGGGUCAAGAAGUCUCUUCAGGAAUUCUGUGGGAAGAGGACAGAGUAUCCCCCCUAUUUCAGAGUUUUCACCAGGAUCCUUUCCUCAGUAGUGUAAACCCUGAUACUCAGGUCGCCCUCUGCCUGGAGCUCUGCCUGGGCAGUGAGAUGGAAACCAUCAUCCUGGGACUGCCCCUCCAGGUUGACGAAAUCAUAGACAGCUACCAGGAUGGGGACUGUGCAUUGGGGUCCCUGGGAGGCUACCAGCUGUUGGGGUGGGGAAGCAAUAUUUCUCUGGAUGCCCACGCAACAGAUGUAGCAGGGGAACUGGGGACCACCCUGAAGAUAGGGAGCAGAAAGUGCGCCUUUGCCCAUUUGCUGGGGGCCACGGAACAACUGCUAGACAUCAGGGGUGACCCAGGCUUGCAGCUAGCAGUGCCAAGGGGUGUUGAAUCUGGCCCAGGCCACUCCAAUGCUUAUGAUCCCCAAGAAGAGGGCAGGAAAUAUGCCAAAGACACUGCUCCCUUGCCCCAGGUGCUUGGAAACUCCAAGUCUAGCUCUUCUCCCCAAGACCUUGGAGGCACUUCGAUUGGGGUGCAGGAGGUGUGUGUUGGGAGGGAAGUAGACAUCAAAGCUAAGGGGGUGGAGGAGAAAGAUGAGGAAGGCGAUGAGGAACUUUCCAACUUUGCCUACCUCUUGGCCUCUAAGCUCAGCCUGUCACCGCGGGCCCAGCCUCUCAGUUAUUGCCUGGCCUCAGGCCUGGCCCCCACAGGGAAGGGAACCCCCAUAUCACCACACAUGCUCUCUGCAGAGGCCAGAGGCCGCAAACAGCGGUACCCUCUCACCAAAUCUGGAAAGCGGGCUCUAAACACUGGGCCUGUUCCAUCUAAAAUGAGGUUCUACUCAAGGGCUGACCUUGAAGUCUCUGAGGAGACUCCCCCAGCUCUGAUAUUGGUCCGACCCUCACAGAAACAAAAGAGAAGGCGUGACAGUUUUGGCACCGGUAGAAUGAAGAAACGACAUCGAAACCAGUAG